AUGGCGGCAGUAAUGCCGGUUACUAUGACCAGCAGGGCCAAGGAUACUACCCCCCCUCAGCAAGGCCAAUCCCCACAGCCGCAGCAGGGCUUCUACCUACCACAGGGUCAGCCCCAAUAUGGCCAGCAGCCACCCUAUGGUCAACAGGCUCCCCCAGCCUACCAGCCCUAUGACCAGCAGUACCAGCAACAGCAGGGCCCGCCCCAAGGUGGUCCAGGGUAUGGCUACGAAAAGCCUCAGGACCGUGGCCACUCGCCCUACCCUCCCCAGCAGCAGCAGUACCCGCAAGGUGGAGCUGGCGAGAGCUCCUCGUACUAUGGUGGUGCUCCGGGACAGUAUCAGCAAGGACCACCCGGCACUGUAGGACCCGAGGGCGAGAGGGGCCUUGGCUCCACGCUGCUUGGUGGCGCGGCUGGUGGAUUUGUGGGCAACAAGCUGGGACACGGCUUCCUCGGCACUGCGGGCGGUGCUGUUUUGGGUGCCGUUGGUGCGAACGUGGCCAGCCAUAAGCUUGGAAAGGAACACAAGAAGCACAAGAAAGACAAGAAGUAUAAGAAGGAAAAGAAGCAUAAGAAGAAGGGCUCUAGUUCGAGCUCCAGUUCCAGCUCCAGCUCUUCUGACAGCGACUAG